CCCGGCAGUAAUGUGUCACUCGCUGACGUUGCUGAUGUCCCUCCCUCUCCCAGUCUGGUUGAAGGCUCCGCCGAGCCCCUGCUUUCAGCAGCCGCUGGAAAUGCACCGUCUACGGGGGCCAGUGGCGAGCAGUGCUUCUUCCCUCCGUCCCCGAGCUCUGAAUGCUACCUCCUGGGAGACCUUCCAACAGCUCGUAUCCAUCGGGAUUCAGGGCGGAAAAUAGAAAGCUCAUGGGAUGUGGGUGACUCUGGUUGGAGUAGCCUUUGUGCUACAUCCCUGACUGUUCUGAAGAAGUUAGUGAAUUAUUGAAGAUGAUUUGGUCGGACGCCGGUUUUUGUGAUCUGGUGCCACAAUGAAGACAUACACACAUGGAGUACCAGUCGUGUUUUUCAUACAUCUGUUCUGCUCCCUACUAGCGUACGCUGUAAAUGAAAAAUCUGGUGGUAACAUCCACUUUAUGAAUGGAAAUUAUGAUGGUCAUCCCAUGCUGUACUUCAGUAAAAGUGAUGUGGAGGAUCUGCGACUCAAGGCGAGAAGUACCCACCGGAACAUUGCGAACAGGAUUUGGAAUGCAGGGCAAAUCAUGCUAACAAGUCCAAGGGAGUACCUGCCUCCCUGGGAUCCUAAACAUUUUAGUGCCCGCUGGAAUGAAAUCUAUGGCAACAAUCUGGGAGUACUGGCUAUGUUCUGUGUACUGUUUCCUGAAAGAACAGAUGCUAUGGAGUUUGCAAUGGACUACAUGGAGAGGAUGGCAUCUCAGCCUAGUUGGCUGGUGAAAGAUGCACCAUGGGAUGAGGUUCCACUAGCUCACUCUCUGGUGGGUUUUGCCACUGCAUAUGACUUCUUGUAUGACCACCUGAACAGAACGCAACAGGAAAGGUAUCUGGAGGUCAUCACUGAUAGCUCUCGCUAUAUGUAUGAAAAAUCUUUCACUCGUGGAUGGGGAUUUCAAUAUCUGCACAAUCAUCAACCUACCAACUGUGUGGCUUUGUUGACUGGAAGUCUCAUUCUCAUGAACCAAGGUUAUCUCCAAGAAGCUUACCUAUGGUCAAAACAAGCCCUUACUGUUCUUGAGAAGUCAAUGGUUUUACUGAAGGAUGUAAAAGAUGGGUCCUUGUACGAAGGUGUGGCUUAUGGCAGUUACACCACCAGAUCCCUAUUCCAGUACAUGUUUCUGGUACAAAAGCAUUUCAAUAUCAGCCACUUUGACCAUCCCUGGAUCAAGCAGCAUUUUGCUUUCUACUAUAGGACUGUGCUUCCAGGUUUUCAAAGGACUGUCGCCAUUGCUGAUUCAAACUACAACUGGUUCUAUGGUCCUGAGAGUCAACUGGUGUUCCUGGAUACCUAUGUAAUGCGCAAUGGCAGUGGCAACUGGUUAGCAGAGCAGAUCAGAAAAUAUCGAAUACAGGAGGGACCAGGCACACCAGCCAAAGGACAGAGAUGGUGCACACUCCAUACUGAAUUUCUGUGGUAUGAUGGCUCUCUGACUCCAGUGCCACCUCUGGAUUAUGGGGUACCAAAAUUACAUUAUUUUGAAGAUUGGGGUGUUGUAACUUACGGAGGGGCUUUACCAGCAGAAGUUAACCGACCUUUCUUGUCCUUCAAAUCGGGUAAACUGGGAGGACGUGCAAUCUACGACAUGGUUCAUCAGAAGAAGUAUUCACAGUGGAUUAAUGGAUGGAAGAAUUUUAAUGCUGGCCAUGAACAUCCUGAUCAGAACUCUUUCACGUUCGCACCUAAUGGGGUACCUUUCAUCACAGAGGCUUUGUACGGCCCAAAAUACACCUUUCUCAACAAUGCUUUAAUGUUCUCUCCAGCCACAGCAGGUACUUGCUUCAACCCUUGGGAAGGGCAGGUGACAGAAGCAUGCAAUUCGAAGUGGCUGAAGUAUAAACAUGGGAUCUCUGGGGAUUGUCAUGGCCAGGUGACAGCAGCUUUAGAGCAGAAUGGUGUGGUCUUUAUCAGAGGAGAGGCAGUGGGAGCGUAUAGUCCUAGCCUGAAACUGAAAAGUUCCCAAAGGAACCUUCUCCUUCUGCAACCUCAGCUUUUACUCCUGGUAGAUCAAAUCCACUUGGCAGAAGACAGCCCGCUUGAAAAAAUGAGUGCGUAUUUCCAUAAUACAGAUGUGGCUUUUGAGGAAAUAUCUGAAGAUGGGGUAAAUGGAGCAUUUAUUAGGCAAAAAGAUGGCCAGUACACAAUGUUCUGGAUGGAUGAUAAAGGCAAUAGUGAAAAGGCUGGACUAGCAUUCAAGACUUAUCCUCGCGGAUACCCAUACAAUGGAACACACUAUGUGAAUGUUACAACUACGCUGAGGUACCCAGUCACGAGAACAGCCUAUAUUUUCUUUGGACCUUCUGUGGAGAUUCAAAGCUUUAGCAUUCGAGGAGAUUCAGAUCGGAUAGAUAUAUAUCUAGCAACAAAUGAGAAAACCUAUACAGUUUAUCUCUUAACUGGGGAAACAGCAGUGAAACCACUGUUUGCCAUGGUACUAGCUGACCGUCAAAAGAUUGUAUUUGAUAGAACUUCUGCAAUCAGGGAUGCUUCAGUGCAGGAGACAAAAGAUUAUGUGAAUAUUGUUGAAGAAAAUAUUCAGCACACAAAACCAGUGUUUCAGCAGCUCGAAAAGCAGAUCUUGGCGCGAGUCCUGAACACUGAUAACUUCCGGAAGACGGCCGAGCGUCUUCUAAAACUAUCAGACAAAAAGAAGACAGAGGAAGCUGUUGAAAAGUUAUUUUCUGUCUCGUUUGGACAAGCCAAGGCCAAAAAAAUGAAAAAAGGAAAAGGUGAUGGUGAUAAAUUUCCCAAUAACUUUCCAGAUAUUUUUGCACAAAUUGAAAUGAAUGAGAAAAGAGAGCGGAAGAAGUUGCUGCAGCGAAUGCAAGAAGAAACUUCCGAUGAAAGAAAUGAGGACAUGGGGGAGACUUUUGAUUUUAUGGACUUUUCCGAUGUGAAAAAACCAGAACGAGGUACAAACAAAAAUGUAAAAAGUGGUUCCGUGAAACCAGGAGCCACUGUUCGAAGCACUGCCCAAUCCUUAUCAGCUUCCUACACAAGAGUCUUCUUAAUUUUAAAUAUUGCAACCUUCUUCUUCCUAUUAGCAUUACAGCUAAUUCGAUUUCAGAAAGCUCCAAGCUUGCACACCCAAAGAUUUCUCUAUGCUGUGCUUCUACUAGAUAGCUUUGUUCUGCUUUGCUUGUACUCAUCUUGUUCUCAAGCACAGUGCUAGACCAGGGAAGCCAACUCGUGAAAGACUGAAUAAAUAUGCAGUAAGAUUACUCAAUUGAGUGCUUAAUGCAAAUACAUUUUAACAGAUUUUCAUGAGAGAUACUUAACAAGAAAGCCAAAUAAUUUGAUGAAUCAUUAGCAAAGUUGCAGUUAAGUGGAAUGACCACUAACACUUAUUACCUGCCUCCCUGAUCAUCCACCAAGCCUUUCCCAGGAGAGUUGUGUGACAAUGCCUCAUUGCACAGCUUCUUUUGUUAUUAGUAUUUCAUCCCCUUGUUGAAGAAAAUAGCAUUUUGUUUCUUUUGUUAUUCAUAUUGCACUUGCCUUCAUUCCCUUUCCAAGGGUAUCACAAUGAAUAUCCAGCAUCUUUUGACGUAUUGAUAUUCUUUAAAACUUCACUAUCCAUGAGGAGGCUUCCCUUUAUUAAGUUGGACCAACUGAACAAAAAUGUGCAAUUAUUUUAACAAGCCCAUUGCUUUUAAAUAUUUCAGUUUGACACUCUUAUCUGUAAAUGGUGGACCUGUAGCUUCUCUUUCCUUUUGAAUGUUCUAUGUAGUAGUGUCUGGAUUCCUGUGACUGCUGGUGAUAUCUCAGUGAACAGCAAUGAUUGUGCAUACAAUGUGUCUACUAACUGCAGCUGGGUUGUUCAGUUUGUUAUUCUUUUCAUGAUCAGUCAUUAAAGCACAAAUGUUAUUAAGCAUUUCUUAAACACUUUUAAAGAAUACCAGGAAAUGUUUUUCUUUGAAUAAUUAGGACUACGAUUCAUUAUUCUCAGUGGGUGGAUAUGGAUCAUUUUGCAUGGUGUGUUUUGGAAUUUGCUCAGUGGGAUUGCAAAGUGAGAAAAUUAUCUUGUAGUUCCUGCCUACAAUUAGGCUUCUCUACAUUCCCCUACAUUGUCAACUGUCCCUCAUUCUGUGACUGUUUGCAAAAUUUUACAAUCUUCCUCACAGUUUGUGAUGCCCCUUGAAUUGCUUUUAUCAGGAAACAUCAAAACCCUUUCUUAUUAUCCACACAAAAUCCAUUUAAACAAACGAAUGUCAAAGAGACGAACAACAAAAGAUCCAUGGUGUACACAAAUACAAAUGCUUCACUACCUCCACACUCCCAAACAAAAACUCCUCAACAGUUAUCCACAAAAUAUCCAUGGAUUUAUGAUCAUAUCUGUGCUGACAGUUGCACCUGUGUUUCUUAUCAUGGGAAGUCACCAAUGAAACCCAAUUAAAUACUUCAAAAUUUCAUACAUUCCAUAUCUGCUUUGAGAUGGUGUGAAUCACUGAAGCAAUUAACUUAAACUGGUUGCACUUAACCUGCCCUUUGCUUUCAGUUUUCCAAGCUGUUCAUCAUAUCCUUCAGAAAUUGGAUAGUAACUUUGAGUCAGUCACAUCAGUGAGUAAACUCACCUGUAUGGAGCACCAAUGAAAAGAGAAGCAAAUGCUGUCAUUUUUUCCAAAGCUUUGUGUCCACAGUUGGAAAAAUGUAGCCAGUGUGUUUACAUUUCUGAUAUGCACUUCCAAAACGGCAGAGUGCCCAUCAUCAACAUUUAAUUGUAAACAAUCCUUAGAGCUUUACCUGCAAUUAAUUUGCAAUUAGCAAGUAACUUUCUUAUUGGACACAUUUUUGAACUGUGUAUUUGUGUACUCUGUGGAUACCUACCCGGGGUCUGUGUACACGUGAGGUCAACCUCAGACUCUGUCUCUUUUUCUCAUUGACUCUUCUAGUCUGAUAGCAUGGUCCUUUGUGGUACCUGGGAGAAUUACUUAAGACCUGUAUCUCCCUUGCAUCUUGUCUGUGGAGACUCUAUGCCACUAUGCUCUGCAGAUAAAAAGGUGUACUGGAUGUAUAGUUUCAUUUCUCUGUCUUUUAGUCUCCUUCACAGUUUUUCUACUUGCUAUUACUGCCUUAAUUCUCGCGUACUGACUGUCUGUCUUGUAAACUCUUCUUUUGGCACCCCGCACAAGUGCUAAGGGAGCCCCUCCUGAAAACCUGGCAAAUACCUCUGCCAUUUUUUCUGGGCAGAAUUGCGUGUACGUAUUUUGGGACAGACAAAUGCAAUAUCCUUGGAGCUGAGUGUGCCCUGGAUGUUGUAUUCUCAAAGAAGUUUUGUUUCUGCAGCACAAUAAACCUGAUGACACAAAGAAACAUUCAUCUCAAAGGUUAUAAAAUGUGUGUAGUUUUUAAGGUUUGACCUGGAGACGACAACUUGGCCUAGGACCAACAGGCUUGUGUAUUAACCUGCUCCUUGACUCAAUUUCCCAUAUUUUCUUUCUUUAUCUAGAGCCAAAGAGAGUACAGAAUUGUUUAUUGUUGAACAAGUAGCCCUCCAAUUUCGGAAUUGACAUUCUCAGAACUACUCCACAUUUUGACCACAAUUUCCUGUAAUUUUCCUCUGGCAGACUGGGAUGUUCAGUCCCUCAUUACUGAAAACCCUGUUAUUUUUCAAACUUCUCUAUUGCUUACAAACCUCAUCCUCUAUUUCAUUUGCACUAUUCUGUAGCCUGUAAUUUUCUCUUCCUUACAGUAACAAGAUUUAAAAAAAAACUCAACUCAAAGCAGACAGAUUGAGUGGAGAACUGAGCUAAGGAGUGCCUUCGAGCUGUGCUGUGGCAACCCACAGUGUGUGUGCCCUGUUGUGAAGUGAAUUAUACCAGACACCAUACUGCUGAGAGAAUUGAGUAUGUAUAAUGAACGAUUACAAUGGAAUACAGAACAGGCAGAUCAUGGGACCAAUCAACAUGCAAUGCCGCUACAGUGCUAGUGACACCAUUUUACAGUUUAAAGGUCCAACUGACAUCAUCUGUUAGCCUCGCAUUUCUAAACCCAUUACCAGCACUGUUUAAAGGGGCACCGACUAUUCACAAGUCAGUUGCAGGUUGAAUUUUUCAGUGUGUUAAUAUAAUUCCACAAAUGUUUGGGAACAGUUCUUGCCGUGAGUUGUCUGUCAUGAGACUGAGGAGUGUGAGAUGGGAAAGGAUAACCAAAGGAAGAGGCAGCCGAAACACAGACACUUUCAAAUUGAGCUGUCAGUGAUGGAACUCAGUUGUAGAAGAUAACCAUUGAUCAAACUCACUUCCCAAUUCCUGUUACCAAUCUCACACAUUAGCCUCUCUGUCAUGGACCAUAAAUAAUUUUACUGUUUAAUGCAAAAGAAGCAUAGGUAAAGCCACCACAGUCCUACUCUGUCAUCAGAGAGAAAUGGCUGGUGGUGGUUUAACCUGAGUGUUACCAAGCCUGAGGCAAGGGGAGAGUUUAGGACGAGAGUCCUUCAUGGUAACCUCAGCUUGUGUAGGAAUUGAACUUGUGCUCUCCCCUUCACUCUGCAUCACAAACAGCUGUCCAGCCAACUGAGCUAAUUAACCCCACUCCACCGUAAUUUGGGGCAGUAGACACUUGCUCAACAUCCAAAAAUAAAAGUCAACACAAAACAAACAUUCUGAAAUAAAAAUAUGAAUAAAAUCAUUCCAUACAAAAUCAACAAAGCACUUUCUGCAUUCCCUUAUGUCUUCUAUGACACUUUGUCCAAUUAUUCCUUAGUAAUCCUACAAAGUGGCUGCAGUUUGGCUGAUUUUUAAUGAGGAAGGACUUGGUGGAUGAUUUUGUGUAGCUCUGGGUGUAGAAGGCCUGGUUACAGGCUGCUGCAUUUUGUUAUGGAUGACAGCUGUAAAGACUGCUUAGCUGAUAGGCAGCAACAAGGGCACUGAUGCAAUGGCUGGGGUUUGGAGAAGAAAUGAUGUUCCUUCCAAAAGAGGCUUGUACUCCAUCAAGACACCCAGAAAGGUGAUAGAGGACAAGUAUGGAGGACAGGUGGCUAGAUUGCUGAGACAACUGGGAAGCCCCUUAGUGGACUAGAAUCCAUAGCCACAAUAAGAGUAAUCCAAGCUUGCAAGGGGCAAGUUAUUCUUGCAUAACAACUGUUGCAUCUUACACCACAGUUUCAGAUAUUGGAUGAUUGCUACUUGGGCUGACAUUGGAAAUGGAGAUUUCAACCAUCAGGUACAUGUGUGGUCAGACUCUCAGGUGUGUGAAUGGAGUUGGUCACACCUUUCAAAAUAGAAAGGACAGACCCCGAAUUCCUGUUCCAAACUGGUGUUGGGUUCCUCCACAUUCCCUAAUAUUAACUGCACACUUUCUGGCAGGGUUCUUUUCAUCAAUCCUUUGAGCAUGCAUACCGACACGGUUUGUCUGGAACUUCCCCAAUGAAGUACUCAUCUGAGUUCAUCUAUAUGCAGCCUUGUUUUCAGUGAGCUAACACUUGCACUAUUCAUACCCCCUGCUCUGGUUGCAGCCCACUCAUGCCUAGUGUCUCUGUACAAGCAGAUCUUACCUCUAGUCUAUCUUCAACGGCAUGUGCAGGAUCUAAGCUGGUGAGUGAAAUCGAGUAUAGGUGCUGUAUCUUCUGUAUGACUACCUUCAUGCUGUUCCUUCAAUGGUAAAAUAACAACUGUCCGGAUAUCUGAAAGGAAGAAAAGAUAAAAUUGGAAGGCUUUCUUCAAAGUGGUGAGAGUGUCUCAGAGCUCAAUUGCCCACUGAGUGGGCCAUCAACACUUGAAAUAGCUGUCUUUCUCACAUGAUGGACAUCUGAGCUUGUUGAUUUGAUUAAACAUACAAUUCUUGGAUUUGAAGUCUGUUGCUGAUUGACUUCCAGAUGGGAAGCAGGAUUCUAGGCUGAAUUGACAGCCUGCUUCCAACUCUCUGCAAGGUGCUGGCUGGAAAGAAGCCUUCACUUUGCCUGUGGGAGGGAUAAACUACUGGGUACAGCUCACUGAGGAAACUACUGUUGCAUACUAACCUCUAGGAAGUUGUAACUCAUCCUAACCAACUUUUAAAAAUAACCCUGGAUUAACCAAAGCUUGAAAUUUAUAACCUAUACCCUCUCUAAUCUUUUCUUCCUGAAUGUUCGUGAGUGGAGUAGUGAAACAAUUCCCCCACCUUUUGAAUGUUUAGUAACAAAGCCCAUCUUUGACUGUAUCAGUGUGAAGGUUAUUCUGUGUAAGUGCUGCUUAUUAGCACUGUUGAUGAUCCAUUCCAUCACUUUGCUGUUGAUGGAGAGGACCAUCUUUGGCUGGGUUGGAUUUAUCCUGUUUUUUGGGCACAUCACAUUUCCGGUCAGUUUUCUACAGGUAUAUGCCAGUGUUGUAGCUGUACUGUAACAGCUUGACUAGGGGUGUGGCUCUUUGAGUACUAUCGUUAUAUUUGGCUGAAUAAUAAGGUUAUCAAUAAUGACACUAAUAAAAAUUGAAAAUUUGCUUCA